AUGGACUUUCUCCUGGGGAACCCGUUCAGCUCUCCGGUGGGACAGCGCAUCGAGAAAGCUACCGAUGGCUCCCUGCAGAGCGAGGACUGGGCCCUCAACAUGGAGAUCUGCGACAUCAUCAACGAGACGGAGGAAGGUCCCAAAGAUGCCUUUCGAGCAAUAAAGAAGAGAAUCACGGGGAAUAAGAACUUCCACGAGGUGAUGCUGGCUCUCACAGUCUUGGAAACCUGUGUCAAGAACUGUGGGCACCGCUUCCACGUGCUAGUGGCCAGUCAGGACUUCGUGGAGGGCGUGCUGGUGAGGACCAUCCUGCCCAAGAACAACCCACCCACCAUCGUGCACGACAAGGUGCUCAACCUCAUCCAGUCCUGGGCCGACGCGUUCCGCAGCUCGCCCGACCUGACUGGUGUCGUCGCCGUCUACGAGGACCUGCGGCGGAAGGGCCUGGAGUUCCCAAUGACUGACCUAGACAUGCUGUCGCCCAUCCACACACCCCAGCGGACCGUGUUCAGCUCAGAGACACCAUCCGGACAGAAUUCUGUGGGCACUGACGCCUCUCAUCGUGGGGAUCCCAGCCAGCAGGCGGCUCCUGUGUCCACCCCAGCUGUACUCCCCAGCGACACACCCCUAACGCCAACCCCUGAGCAGAUCGGGAAGCUGCGCAGCGAGCUGGAGAUGGUGAGUGGGAACGUGAGGGUGAUGUCGGAGAUGCUGACGGAGCUGGUGCCCACCCAGGCAGAGCCCGCAGACCUGGAGCUGCUGCAGGAGCUCAACCGGACGUGCCGAGCCAUGCAGCAGCGGGUCCUGGAGCUCAUCCCCCGCAUCGCCAACGAGCAGCUGACAGAGGAGCUGCUCAUCGUCAACGACAAUCUCAACAAUGUGUUCUUGCGCCACGAACGGUUCGAGCGGUACCGGACCGGCCAGACGGCCAAGGCCCCCAGUGAGGCCGAGGCGGCAGCAGACCUCAUCGACAUGGGCGCUGACCCAGCAGCCACUGGCGGCCUCUCGUCCCAGCUGGCAGGAAUGAACCUGGGCUCCAGCAGCGUGAGGGCCGGCCUGCAGUCUCUGGAGACCUCCGGCCGCCUGGAGGACGAGUUUGACAUGUUUGCCCUAACACGGGGCAGCUCCCUGGCUGACCAACGGAAAGAGGUAAAAUACGAAGACCCCCAAGCGACGGACGGCCUGGCUGGAGCCCUGGACGCACGGCAGCAGAGCACCGGCGCGAUCCCCGUCACGCAGGCCUGCCUCAUGGAGGACAUCGAGAAGUGGCUGUCCACUGACGUGGGGAACGAUGCGGAGGAGUCCAAGGGCGUCACCAGCGAAGAAUUCGACAAGUUCCUGGAAGAACGGGCCAAAGUGGCCGACCGGCUGCCCAGCCUCUCCAGCCCCUCCGCUGAGGGACCCCCAGCGCCCCGCCCCGGCGCCGCCCCUCAGAAGCAGACCCGGGAGAAAGACGACGACAUGCUGUUCGCCUUAUGA